AUCACAGACUUCCUCCUCUCCCUCCUCCAGAGCACUCAGAAAUUGGAAUUCUAUUCCUUCUACUUCUAGCAGAUCCCUCGAAGAAAUGAAGAAAGUAGUGGUGAAAUUGGAAGUUUACGAUGAGAAAUCCAAGAAAAAAGCCAUGAAAAUAGUCUCGAGCAUUUCAGGUGUUAAUUCGGUUUCCAUGGAUAUGAAGGACAGGAAGCUGACAGUGACCGGAGCCGUGGAUGCGGUGGUGAUAGUGAAUAAACUGAGGAAGAUAUGCUGCACGGAAAUAGUGUCGGUCGGACCGGAGAAGGAGGAGAAGAAGAAGGAAGAGCCGAAGAAAGAGGAGAAGAAGGAGGAACCGAAGAAGGAUGACAAGAAGAAAGAAGAUCAAGUGGCUGAGCUUGUGAAGGCUUACAAAGCGUACAAUCCUCAUCUGACCCAAUACUAUUUCGUUAGAAGCGUAGAGGAAGAUCCCAAUGCCUGCGUUAUCUGCUAAACCUUUUUCUUUUUCAGUUUUUUUGAAGGGGAAGAUAAAUAAAUCCUCCCAAAGGGAAAGAAAUCGUACCCCGUAGCUUUUCGUAGAGCUUGUGAAUAACUAUCGUGUGAUGUUUAAGAUUGGGAUUGGGAAUGAAUUACUCUGGUUUUUUUGUAGGACUGAAGUUGAAUUAUCAAAUUUUGAAGAUAUAUGUCAUAUUGGAUAGUUUGUGUUUUUCCGUUUUUUUGAAGGGGAAGAUAAAUAAAUCCUCCCAACGGGAAAGAAAUCGUACUCCGCAGCUCUUCUUAGAGCUUGUGAAUAAUUAUCGUGUGAUGUUUAAGAUUGGGAUUGGGAAUGAAUUACUUUGGUUUUUUGUAGGACUGAAGUUGAAUUAUCAAAUUUGGAAGAUAUAUGUUAUAUUGGAUGGUUGUGUUUUUCUGUUUCUUUGCUUAUCCAUAGUUUUUUCAAUGAAGCAUUGGGUUAUGAACAUAAUUUUCAAGGAAAUAAGUGUCAUUCAAGCGCAAGCAGUGCAAUGUGCAAAUAGGUAACGGUGAUGUUAACUUGCUUUAUUUACAAAAAAAAAAAAGAAAAGAAAAGAAAAGAAAAGAAAGAUGUUUGUAGCUUUUAUUUUAUUACGGUGCUAUACUAUUUGAUCGGAAAAAAAGAAAAUAUGAAAAGAAAAGAUAUAAUGGAUUCUUUAUCAAUUUUUAUGGAAUAUCAGCGUCAGUGAUCCAACACUAAAAUGAAUUGAAUUUUUUAAC